AGCUCUGAAAAAGACGCCAACUGCGAAUCACAGAUCAACAACAAGAAGGCCAUUUUUUCCCCUCGAAUAAGAAUCACCUAUUAACGAAAUCGCCAUGGUUGACACCGAGAUGCCUUUCUGGCCCACCAGCUUCGGGAUCGGCUCGGUGGACCUCUCUGGGAUGGACGAGCACCCCCACGCCUUUGACAUCAAACCCUUCACCACCGUGGACUUCUCCAGCAUCUCCAAUCCACACUACGAGGACACCCCAUUCGCCAGAGCCGACCCCAUGGUGGCGGAUUAUAAAUACGACCUGAAGCUGCAGGAAUACCAAAGUGCCAUCAAAGUGGAGCCGGCCUCCCCGCCUUACUACUCUGAGAAGACGCAGCUCUACAACCGGCCCCACGAGGAACCUUCCAGCUCCCUCAUGGCCAUCGAGUGCCGCGUGUGUGGAGAUAAAGCUUCCGGCUUCCACUACGGAGUCCACGCGUGUGAGGGGUGCAAGGGGUUCUUCCGAAGGACUAUCCGGUUGAAGCUUAUUUACGACAGGUGUGACCUCAACUGUCGGAUCCACAAAAAGAGUAGGAAUAAAUGUCAGUACUGUCGGUUCCAGAAGUGCCUUGCCGUGGGGAUGUCACACAACGCUAUCAGGUUUGGGCGGAUGCCACAGGCCGAGAAGGAGAAGCUGUUGGCUGAGAUCUCCAGUGAUAUGGACCAGCUGAACCCAGAGUCUGCUGACCUCCGCGCCCUGGCCAAGCAUCUGUAUGACUCAUACAUAAAGUCCUUCCCGCUGACCAAGGCCAAGGCAAGGGCCAUCCUGACGGGGAAGACCACGGACAAAUCACCCUACGUCAUCUACGACAUGAACUCCUUAAUGAUGGGGGAAGACAAAAUCAAGUUCAAGCUCAUCACCCCCCUGCAGGAGCCGAGCAAGGAGGUGGCCAUCCGCAUCUUCCAAGGCUCUCAGUUCCGCUCCGUGGAGGCCGUGCAGGAGAUCACGGAGUACGCCAAGAGCAUCCCUGGUUUUGUAAACCUUGACUUGAACGACCAAGUAACUCUGCUCAAGUACGGCGUCCACGAGAUCAUCUACACCAUGCUGGCCUCCCUGAUGAACAAGGACGGGGUGCUCAUCUCCGAGGGCCAAGGCUUCAUGACCAGGGAGUUCCUCAAGAGCCUGCGCAAGCCCUUCGGUGACUUUAUGGAGCCCAAGUUCGAGUUUGCUGUGAAGUUCAAUGCACUGGAAUUAGAUGACAGCGACUUGGCCAUCUUCAUCGCCGUCAUCAUCCUCAGCGGAGACCGGCCGGGCCUGCUGAAUGUGAAGCCUAUCGAGGACAUCCAGGACAGCCUGCUGCAGGCGCUGGAGCUGCAGCUGAAGCUGAACCACCCCGAGUCCUCCCAGCUGUUUGCCAAGCUGCUGCAGAAAAUGACGGACCUCAGACAGAUCGUCACGGAGCACGUGCAGCUGCUGCACGUCAUCAAGAAGACGGAGACGGACAUGAGCCUCCACCCACUGCUGCAGGAGAUCUACAAGGACCUGUACUAGCCGCAGGAGGCUGGGCUGGGCAACGCCGCCCACUUCCACUUGCACUAUUAUCUCCAGCCAAAACAAAUCCAACACCUAAGAAAUUUACUGUGAACAAAAGCAUUAAAAAAAAGCGGAAGGUUUUAGAAUAUGAUCUAUUUUAUGCAUAUUGUUUAUAAAGAUACCUUUACAAUUUACUUUUAAUAUUAAAAAUUACCAUGCUAUGAAA